GCCUCUUUGGAAGCUGCUGUCAGCUCCCCGUGACUUGGACUGGACAAUGGCUUCUUCUGAGCUCUGGGCAAUCGACUAUGAGGUUUAUGGGGAAGUCCAAGGUGUCUUCUUUAGGAAGUACACAGAAGAGCAAGGGAGAAAGCUAGGACUGGUUGGCUGGGUGAAGAAUACAGCCCAUGGGACUGUAACUGGACAGGUGCAGGGGCCAAAGGAGAAAGUAGAGAUUAUGAAGAACUGGCUACGCAGCGUAGGAAGCCCCAUGUCUCGCAUUGAUCAGGCCGUGUUCUCUAACGAGAGGCAGAUUACCACCCUGGAGUUCCGGUCCUUCACCACCAAGUAUUAAAGGCAGUCGGCUGGUGCAGAUGGGAUAUGGCUAUUUCUAAGUACAAUGAGCGCUUUUCUACUCAAAAGGAAGUAUCACCUUCCCUUUCAAGAACAGGAUGUGUUGUUCCUGCUGCUGCUGACAUUAAAUUGUGCUUUAGACCCAUGGCAUCUCCAAGCCUCUCGACUCUUCCAGGCUGCUGGUGAACUGGAAAGCGCCUGCUGCCCUUGAACAUCUGAUAAAACAUCACCU